GGAAAGUGAUACAUUGUAGCAAGUGGUGCUGAGUGUCCAUUGUGUAUUUGCACGGAGCGGGUACCGGAGGCUCAGGGCCGGGUGCUUACAAACUUUUACCGAGGAACCAUGUGUGGCUAUCGAGUUUGAGGAGCGGGACAUGGUCGGGUUCCCGGAGACACUUGUUGGAUAACCAGGAGGUGUUGGACUACCUAUGAAUAUUUAUAUAAUAUUGAGUUGGCUUAGUGUCCUGUGACAUGAAACUUAACCCUCAGCAAGCACCAUUAUAUGGUGACAGCGUCCUUACCGUGCAGCUAACCGAAGACAAGGAACUGGAAGGUGGCGAUGCUGUGUUUUACCUUCUGUUCACUGGGUCGACACUCAAUCAUUUAACCAGUACUCGGAAAGUGAAUGCUGCCACCCUAGAGACGGUCACCCCAGGUCACGACUGCUGUGAACGAGUCAAGGUAUCACUUUGUGCUUCCAGGAAAGGGUUUUCUGUGGUGGUGGCGGAGGACAAUUUUGACUUUGUGCAAGACGAGGCAUACGAUUCGGCUCAGUUUUUAGCUGCCAAUGCAGACAACCAACAGGCGCUAAUAUUUGCCAGGUUUUUGGACAGAUCGAGACCAUCACCUGGGGAUGUGACUGUUCUAGAUGAGAAGAUCACACUCGCCUUUCGACAUCUGCACUUGCCCAGUGAUUGGAAUGUCCUUGGAGGAAAUCCAAGAAUAAAAGAUGUCCAGCUGCAGGAGACGUUGAUGCACUUUGCAGCAAGACUGGGCUUGUGUCGACUGUCAAAGUUCCUUUUGGAGCAGCCAGGAGGAAGACGAGCUUUAGCUGUACCUAACAACGAAGGUGCUACACCCUUAAGCCUGGCUCUGGAGAGAGGCUUCCUCAAAUUGCAUCAUCUGUUGACAGUGGAGGAAGCUGGACAGCAGGACUUCGAGUGUGAAGCCUCUCAUGUUGAGCGUGUCGGAGACUCUUGUGUGAAGCACCACUGUGGAUUAAAUGUUUACGCUCUGAGCAAAAAAUCCCAGGACGAAACCAACAUGGAAAACCGCAUCGAAGAACUGAACAGCUACAUUCAUAGCCAUUCUAACUGUCCGGGCAACCGUGUAAGAGCAGAACAGGAGACGGCUUUGGAACAAACCACUGAUUUAUGCCACUUCCAUGAUGGCCUACAGAACUGUCCUGUUGAUAAGACACUCAGUCCAGGAAAAACCGUACUCAGUGAUGCUAAAAAUACGGACAGCCCAGACCUGCCCUUGGCAGAUGCGGAAAAAAGUAAAAAAGAAGAGAGCUUUGUUGAAUUGGACAAUACUAUGGAAACUGUGGGUGAGGAAGUUGCAGUGUUUUCCUUUGAAAGUAAAAAUAAAGAUAUAGAAGCUAAAGAGGAAGAGGUGGGGUCUGCGCCUAUUGUGGAGUCAGAAAAUGUAUCGGCAACCAGCGACUAUAUACAGAGCUUGUCCAGCGAUCUACACACUGUUGAAAGCCUUCUGUCGGGUCAGAAUCGAAAUGAGGAAACUGGAAUGACAUCACCUGGAAUUGUUUUGGACCAAGAAGGCCUGUGUGAGAGAGAUAGCACUAGUCAGGAAAUGAUAACCACUGAAGAGACAGCGUCUGUAAAUGCAUCGGCUAAGGAAGCUAGAAACCAAGCCAGCGAUCUUACAAACAACUCAAGUGCAAAUAUGGGACAGGCUGUGUCUGGCUACUGUACCAGCGCUGAAGAGGCACAGAGUUAUACAGAGAGUAGCGACCAGGAAACCAGCGAGACUGAACCACUUCUGAACCUACCUACUUGUUCACUAAAUAAUUCUGUAGAUAUCACUGAUGUGAGCUCUGACCAGGAGAUGAGUGUUCAUGCACUGCAACAAUGUCACACAUUGGACCCGGAGCAAAGAGAUCCCACGACAGAGAAUGGACUAGUCGGCCUUGAUACACCUAACGGGAUAGAAGGUAACAAUGAAAAGCCACUAGACAACUGUUUGGAUAUUUUAAAUAAAAGUAUUAUUCUCAUCAAUGAACCUGAACUUCCUGAUGUAAUCAUG